AUGGUCAGAGCUCUUUGCCAUGAUUUAGCAUUGGUUGAAAACCAGAUCCCCUUCUUUACUCUUGAAGUCAUAUAUGAUAUGAUCAAGCCUCGAUUAAUGAGCAAGUGCAAAGCACCAGAGUCUGUCACUAGUCUUGCUUUAAGUUUCUUCAAGCCUAUGAUGAGCCAAAACUCAUAUAUAGAGGAGCAUUCCUACACAGACUGCAUACAUUUGCUUGAUCUUUUGCACAAAUCCUCCUUGCUUGCAGCUUCUGGAGUAGGUACCGCCUUCGAAAGAAGAGUAAUUUUGAAUCAUGCAGCUGGUAAUUUGACUCCAGGGGAUCAAUAUUAUUCGGGAUCAUUAGACUACUGCGCUUCAGAACUUGUACAAUCUGGAAUUGAGCUUUGCAAAGAAUCCGGAGACUCUUUGGUGAACAUAAACUUCAUGAGACAAGGAGGGCUGAUCAAAAUCCCACCGGUGUUGAUUUACGAUAUAAGGGAUUCACUAUUCAGAAACCUGAUUGCCUACGAGCAAACUAAUAUCAACAUUAGGCAUCAUGUUACAUCGUACGCUAUCCUCAUGAAAACUCUCAUCCGUUCUCCACGAGAUGUGAAGCUACUUAGGAAAAGAGGCAUCAUAUCUCAGAAUUGGAUCGAAGACGAAGCAUAUGUAACACAGUUCAGAAGUCUUCUACAAGAAGUUAUUCCCAAGGACUUCUAUUUCGAUGAUUUCUGUGAGGAAGUGAAUGCCUACGCGAGUAAGUUCUGGUUUCGUAGAAAGAUACACUCUCUAUAUCUAACUUAUUUCUCAACAGCAUGGAGUAUGAUAUCAUUCAUUGCUGCCAUUUGCCUUUUCAUUCUCACGUUCUUACAAACAUACUUUACAAUCAACCCUCGCUAA